CCGUGCUUCUCGCCGCAGCCAUGCGCAAUUCACAAGUGCAAAUGCGGAGAGGGGGUCAGCAACAAAAAGGGGAGUGGAGCGGCAGAUGUCAAGGGAAAGACCGAGAUCCCGAGUGAUGCUUUAUAUCUAUCCCCGGACGGUGCCUGGAUAUAUCUUGUUGUGGUCUUGUUACUCCCAACCCACCAUCGAAAUGAAAACACAGGCAAUCAUGAACUUUCUCGCGGGAACCUAUUCCCUCCUCAACAAUACCCAAUGGCGAAACGGCACUCAAGUGUCCGACCCGUGGGGUGAGAAGCCAGCCGGCCUGAUCACAUACACCCGCUACGGUUACAUGUCCGCGGUCAUGAACUCGAUGGAGCCAGACAUGCGUCCUCCCGACAUCCAAUGGCCACCAAAUACCGGCGGGAGUAUUGAUGACUGGGCUUUGAUCGGCAAGACCUCGUUAUCAUAUGCGGGGCCGUUUAGUCUCAACACCUCGGUACCAUUGACGAAGUUCCGUGGACAGGUCUUGCAUGGCCCAGUGACAACGGCGAGCAUACCGCGUUUCGUGGGACAAAUCCAAAGGCGAAAUUACACUGUCAUUGAGCAAGAUGGGGAGGUGUACUUGACAAUCUCAGUGAUAACGACUCUGGCGGGGGCCAGAUCCGAGAUUUGGUGGAAGAGGAUUGUUAAGGGGUAGAUGGAUGAUGUCUAGCUGAACGAGGGAUCUGGCUGUGAAGAGUAUAUCUCUCUAGCUGCAAGUCACUGUAAUCAAUAUUCGAAAAUCAAUUUGCUGUUGUUAUUUUAGUCAGGGGCAAGCCUUUCUUUGCGGUCAGUACCUGGGUAGUGUCCAGUCUUCAGUGUGAUCUGCGACUGGUCCAUGUACUUAGUGUCCAUCUGCCCGCUUCGCGCUGGAGCCUUUCUCGUUCCUUCAUUGUGUUAACAUCUUCUGCAACAAAUUGUCCGUAAUCGCAUCGGAGGGGUUUAAACCAGUCUCCGC